AUGCACUUCUCUUCUAAGUCCCUCGCCCUCUUCCUCGGCAGCAACUUGCUGGCCGUCAAUGCUGCUCCCGUGAGCAGCUCGACCUCGACUGCACCUGCCACUACCACCACUGCUCCCGCCGGCUACGGCGAGUAUGGCAACUACGGCAACUACGGAUCGUAUGGCUCCUACAAGCGCGAUGCCAUCCCCAAGAAUGACAAGUCCGAGACCACCGCUGUCCCUACUACCACCGCUCCCGCCGACUAUGGCAGCUACGGAAACUAUGGUAACUACGGUACCUACGACAACUACGGCAACGUGAAGCGUGAGGCCCCCAAGGAGGAAGCCGACACCACCUCGGCCGCCCCGACUUCCACUGCCCCGGCCGACUAUGGCAGCUACGGCAACUACGGCAACUACGGCCAGUACGGAAACUACGGGUCCUACAAGCGUGAUGCUGCUCCCGAGAAGAAGGAGGAGCCCUCUACCUCCGCUUCCUCCGCCGAGCCCACCUCGACCGGCCCUGCUGACUACGGCAACUACGGCAACUAUGGAAACUACGGCUCGUAUGGUUCCUACAAGCGCGAUGCCCCCAAGGAGGGCAAGGAGGAGCCCUCGAAGACUACCUCCUCCGCCGAGCCUACCUCCACUGGCCCUGCCGACUACGGCAGCUACGGAAACUAUGGCAACUACGGCUCGUACGGCUCCUACAAGCGUGAUGCCCCCAAGGAGGACAAGGAGCCUUCCAAGUCGACGACCACUGCUGCUGAGUCUACCUCGACUGCUCCCGCCAGCUACGGUGACUACGGCAACUAUGGUGCCUACGGUAACUACGGAUCCUACUAA